CCUCGCAGCAGUGCUCUGGUUGUGAAUUCUUCCGGGGUCCAGGAUGACAAUCCGACACCAAGGCCAGCAGUACAGGCCGAGGAUGGCAUUUCUGCAGAAGAUUGAAGCGCUCGUGAAGGACAUGCAGAACCCAGAGACGGGGGUCCGGAUGCAGAACCAGAGGGUCCUGGUCACCAGCGUCCCUCACGCCAUGACAGGAAGUGAUGUUCUGCAGUGGAUCGUCCAGCGGCUUUGGGUCUCCAAUCUGGAGGCACAGAACUUGGGCAACUUCAUUGUCAAGUACGGCUACAUUUACCCCCUGCAAGACCCCAAGAAUCUCAUUCUCAAGCCUGACAAUAGCCUCUACCGCUUUCAGACGCCGUAUUUCUGGCCCACCCAGCAGUGGCCGGCUGAAGAUACAGAUUAUGCCAUCUACCUGGCCAAGCGAAAUAUCAAGAAGAAAGGGAUUUUAGAAGAAUAUGAAAAGGAAAACUACAAUUUCUUGAACCAAAAAAUGAACUACAAGUGGGACUUCGUCAUUAUGCAGGCCAAGGAGCAGUACAAGGCUGGAAAGGAGCGGAACAAGGCCGACAGGUACGCCCUGGACUGCCAGGAGAAGGCGUAUUGGCUGGUGCACCGAUGCCCUCCAGGAAUGCACAAUGUGCUGGACUAUGGCCUGGACCGAGUGACCGAUCCGAAUGAAGUUAAGGUAAACCAGAAACAAACAAUCACUGCUGUCAAAAAAGAGAUCAUGUAUUACCAACAGGCCUUAAUGAGGUCCACAGUGAAGUCUUCAGUGUCCCUUGGAGGGGUGGAAAUCCCAACCAAGAUGCGGGUGGAACGAUGGGCCUUCAACUUCAGCGAAUUGAUCCGAGACCCCAAGGGUCGACAGAGCUUCCAGUACUUUCUCAAGAAAGAAUUCAGUGGGGAGAACCUGGGCUUCUGGGAAGCCUGCGAGGACCUGAAGUACGGAGACCAGUCCAAGGUCAAGGAGAAAGCCGAGGAGAUUUACAAGCUGUUCCUGGCCCCAGGGGCGAGGCGCUGGAUCAACAUAGACGGCAAAACCAUGGACAUCACGGUGAAGGGGCUGCGGCACCCCCACCGCUACGUGCUGGACGCCGCGCAGACCCACAUCUACAUGCUCAUGAAGAAGUGGUGGGUGCAGAAUCGUCAGCCGUCUCUUCCACCUCCCACCCUUCCUGGACCCCUUCCCCCGCCGGCCGGGGAGGACCGCUGUAGAAGCCGCGAGCGUUCCUGGGGCCUCACGCGCCAGCGGCACGCCAGCCUCCCAUUUAUGCGGCGUCACCUGCGCUCCAGCCCGAGCCCCGUCAUCCUGAGGCAGCUGGAGGAAGAGGCCAAGGCUCGAGAAGCUGCCAACACGGUGGACAUCACCCAGCCGGGCCAGCACUUGGCCCCCAGCCCGCACCUGGCUGUGUACACCGGGACCUGCGUGCCGCCCUCUCCUUCCAGCCCCUUCGCCUCUUCCUGCCGGUCCCCCAGGAAGCCCUUCCCCUCACCGGGCCGCUUCAUCCGGCGGCCCAGCAGCACCAUCUGCCCCUCGCCCAUCAGAGUGGCCUUGGAGGGCUCCUCAGGCGUGGAGCAGAAGGGGGAGCCCAGCGGGUCCAGGGCCCCCCAGGGGCCCUCUGACGCCGAGGGCAGCGAGGCCUCUAUCGACGGCGCCUGGCCCCGCAGCCGGCCCAGGGCCCCCCCCAAGGCCCGCGUGCCUCUGUCCUUCAGCAGGUUUCUGCGACGAGGCUGUCUGGCCUCGCCCGUCUUCGCCAGGCUCUCGCCCAAGUGCCCCGCAGUGUCCCACGGGAAGGUGCAGCCCCUGGGGGACGUGGGCCAGCAGCUGCCACGACUGAAAUCCAAGAGAGUAGCAAACUUUUUCCAGAUCAAAAUGGACGUGCCCACGGAGAGCGGGCUCUGCCUGAUGGACUCGGAGGACACUGCGACAGGAGAGGCGGGUGACCGGGCCAUAGAGAAGGAGGUCAUCUGCCCCUGGGAGAGCCAGGCCGCGGGGAAAGCAGGCUGA